AUGGAUGACUGGAGCGACGUCUUUGCUGGAGAAGAUUCGUUUUUCAUUGACUGGUCGUUUCUCUUCAAUGACACGUCGGAGAAUGACUCGUCACUUCCACAAGCCGUUAACUGCUGCUCGGUGGGAAUCUGCGACCCCUCCGCUGACCAGGACUUCGAUGCGGUCUUCAUCCCCAUCCUGUACUCGCUGGCCUUCUUCGUGGGUACCCUGGGCAACGGACUUCUUCUCGGAGUUUUGUCGAAGAGUCGAAGAAACUGGAGCGUUGCAGACACCUUCAUUUUCCACCUGGCUGUCGCUGACAUCCUGCUGCUGCUGACGAUGCCUCUGUGGGCCGCGACUGCGGCUCAAGCUGGUGGUUGGUCAUUCGGAACUCCCCUGUGCAAAUGCGCUGAGGCGCUUUUUACUAUCAACUUCUAUUGUGGAAUCUUCCUCCUGGCCUGCAUCAGUAUCGACCGCUACCUGUCCAUCGUCCACGCCACUCAGAUGUUCAGUCGCAGGAACCCCAGGUUUGUCCAGGUCAGCUGCUUGGCCGUCUGGAUCCUCUCCUUCCUCCUGUCCAUUCCUGAGUGGAUUUUUCGAGAAGCCGUAAAAGAUGUCAGACGUGAUGUAACAGAGUGUACCUACUCAACGUCCAUUGAAACGUUUAAUGACUUGCGCUUUGGUCUGCGGCUGCUCUACCACAUCGCUGGCUUCCUCCUGCCUUCUGCCAUCCUCAUCUUCUGUUACUCCAGCAUCUUGCAGCGCCUCAAAUGCAGCGCCCAGGGACUCCAAAAGCAAAGAGCUUUCCGUGUGAUUGUGGCUAUUGUGGUGGUUUUCUUCAUUUGCUGGACACCAUACAACAUCGUUCUCAUGGUGGACACACUCCACACACAAUCAGACGACAUGGCUGUGUCUUGCGGCGCCAAGUCGUCCCUGCAGAUAGCCAUGACCGUCACCUCAUCCAUCGGCUUCCUCCACUGCAGCCUUAAUCCCAUCUUGUACGCCUUUGUAGGAGUGAAGUUUCGACGUCAGCUCCUGGACAUCCUGCGCUCUCUCGGCUGCAAGCUGAAGGCAGGGUCCAAAAGGACCCUGUCCACGAAAAGCAGCCGCACUUCUGUCAUGUCCGAGUCAGCUGACACUUCCAACUCUCUGGCUAUCUGACACGCAGCAAUGUCCACGCUGUAAUGCUGUAAAAUAGUUCUGCCUUCCACCGGAAGAUGCACAUUUCAUUUACAACUUCAGUCCAGAUUUACGUCGUGGACGUGGUGUCUGUUUACAGAACCUUGGGAGGUGGUGUACAAACAGAGCGCAUCCAUUUGGAAUGCAGCCUUGUAAAUAGCAGCAAACGCAACAUGAUUUUUUUAUACUGAAUCUAUAUCGCUUGCUUUUUUGGCUCCACGCCCCGUAUUACUGUCAAUGCAAAAUAAAGGCG